GCGGCGCUCUCGCUCUUCUCCUCCUCCGCCGUCGCCCCUCCCCCCGCGCAGCCGCCGCCGCCGCGAGACCCCCGCGCCGCGCUCCCCCGCCCUUCGGCCCCGCGCGCCCUUCGGCCCCGGCGGCCUCCGAGGAGAACGAGAGGGCGAGCGAGCGCGGCGCCCCGGGCCGGCCCAGCCCCCUCCCCUCACCAUCGCCGGCCCUCCGCCGCCGUCCUCCGCCUCCACCUCCUCUCCCCCCCCCACCCAGGUUGAGGCCCCCUUCGGGGGGGGGGAGGCCCGGGACCGGGAGCGGAUUCCCCCAACUCCCUCAGCCCCUCCCCCGCCAGGCCCGAGCGUGAGGAGGGGGGCCCGGCCCGGCCCGCGUCGAGGGUGAGGAGGACCCGGGCCGGCCCACGGGCCGUCUGGGCCUGGUCCGGCCCGCCGGGCGUGUGAAGACAGGGGCCCGGGGCGGCCCGGCCGAGGGAGCGGAGGGGAGGGGCCUGGUCCGGUCCGGCCCGGCCGGUGCGCGAGGACUGGGGCCCGGCCCGCCGCCGCCGCCGCCGCCGCGAUGGCCCAGCAGCAGAUGACCAGCUCGCAGAAGGCCCUGAUGCUCGAGCUGAAGUCCCUGCAGGAGGAGCCGGUGGAGGGCUUCCGGAUCACCCUGGUGGACGAGUCCGACCUCUACAACUGGGAGGUGGCCAUCUUCGGACCCCCCAACACCCUCUACGAAGGCGGCUACUUCAAGGCGCAUAUUAAAUUUCCUAUUGACUACCCAUAUUCACCACCUACCUUCAGAUUCUUGACCAAAAUGUGGCACCCCAACAUUUAUGAGAAUGGAGACGUAUGCAUUUCGAUUCUUCAUCCGCCUGUAGAUGACCCACAGAGUGGAGAGCUGCCCUCGGAAAGGUGGAAUCCUACUCAGAAUGUCAGGACUAUCCUGCUAAGUGUAAUCUCAUUGCUUAAUGAGCCCAACACCUUCUCCCCAGCCAAUGUGGAUGCUUCAGUUAUGUUCAGGAAAUGGAGGGACAGUAAAGGAAAAGACAAAGAAUAUGCUGAAAUCAUUAGGAAACAGGUUUCAGCCACUAAAGCUGAAGCAGAAAAGGAUGGAGUAAAGGUCCCCACGACCCUGGCGGAAUACUGCAUCAAAACUAAAGUGCCUUCCAAUGACAACAGCUCAGAUUUGCUUUAUGACGACUUGUACGACGAUGACAUCGAUGAUGAAGAUGAGGAGGAGGAAGAUGCCGACUGUUAUGAUGAUGAUGAUUCUGGGAAUGAGGAGUCGUGACGUGCUCCUCCGAUGCCCCUGUACUGCCCUGCCGACUCAGGCCAAAGGGAGGGGAGCGAGUGGGGACCUAGCAGGGGCCCCUCAGCAAAACCUCUCACAGGGGUAGGGAAACACGCGAGGCUCCUGCUGACUCCCCUUAUGGAUCUGUUUGCUCCUUUUUAUGGACCUCUUAAUGGAGAGAAAAUAACCCUCCAGAGAAUGUCUGAAUUCUUGCAUUCUUUACCCUUCCAUCACUGUAUUGAUUCUUUUUUUUUUUUCUUUAAACCCAAACUCCUGCCUCACUUCGUCUCUACAAAGUGUUCACAGCAAAACACAUUUGGUCUGUUUUAGAUUCCUGAAGAAUUAAAUAGUCUUUCAUCAAGACAGUUAAUGUGUUUAAAGCGGAGAGCCCAUUGGAAGUUCACAAGUGCUGCAUAUGCUGGUUAGCAAAAGAAAAUGGAAAAAAAAAAAAAAAACAUAAAAACCCCACAAAACAAACUUUUUUUAAAAAAAGCAAAUUUGCCAAGGUUUAGCUGCUCCUUUACCUUAGCGUGUGUGCAUUUGUUCAGCCCCAUGGUGGUGAAUUUUGUUUCUUUCCCUUCUUAAGGCUGGGGCCCAGCGGGCAUCAGGGACUUUGUGCUGAGCCUGAUGACAUGUGUUCCUAAGGGCACAGAGCCCCUCACCCUCCAGGAAAGCGUCCUAACAUGGAGGCCUCAGCUGCUCUGAGGAGAGAGAUCAGAUUUUGUUUUUUGAAAUCGAUUGGGAUCUAAAGCCUGAAAUAAAUAUUCAUACUUUACAUAGAA